UUUCGGUCUUGUGUUGACUGGGCUUCAACCAUUUAGCAUUCAACAUAAUAUCAACGUUGUUUCAACGUUGAAACAACAACUGACCUUAUUUCAACCAAAUUUCAACGUUGAAGGUCGGUCAUGUGCCGGCUGGGUGGUUACUAUAAAAUGUAGUUGCUGAUAUUCUCAUAGACUGUAACAUGUGACUUUGAGGAACUGACAUUCAGCCAUUUAUAGCAGUGUGAAGACUUAAGGAAAUGUUAUCGUGAUCAGAGAAGUUCAUCCAUUAGACUCAGUACCUACAGUUUAAAGAUACUGAAAGCAUCAGGAGAUUUUUAGAAGAUUAAUGACACAUUUUGGAUCUGUGAAUCUUGGAUCUCCUACUUGGGAAAAAUGUUUCACACAUUCAUUUUCUUCUGUUUGUGGCAUCUGAUUGAUGGAGUAAAGAUAGUGUCAGUGACAGAGGGAGACUCUGUCACUCUACACACUGAUGUUAUUGAUACUGAGAUACCAAGACGUCUUAUACGUCUUAUAAAGUGGAGGUGGUUAGGACCUGAAAAAACUCACAUAGCUAAAGGUUUUUGGCGUCAUGAGGAGGCAUAUCAUAUUAAAUAUUAUGAUAAGAGAUUCAGAGACAGAGUACAGGUAGACAAACAGACUGGAUCUCUGACCAUCAGGAACAUCAGAACCACAGACUCUGGACUUUAUCAACUGAUUAGUCGAUUUUUAUGUGAAGAAUUAUUCAAUGUUACAGUCUAUGCUCGUCUUCCCAUUCCUGUCAUCACCAGAUACUCUACAUGUUCUUCAUCAUCAGAGUCCAAAUGUGUCUUGUUGUGUUCAGUGUUGAAUGUGAGUGAUGUGAAUCUCUCCUGGUACAAAGAAAACAGUUUAUUUUCCAGCAUCAAUGUGUCUGAUUUCAGCAUCAGUCUCUCUCUAAAUCUGGAGGUGGAAUAUCAGGAUAAAAACACUUACAGUUGUGUGAUCAACAAUCCCAUCAGCAACCAAACUCAACAUCUGGACAUCAGUGAAGUCUGUCAGACAUGUGCAGAUUCUGUUCAGUGUUGCGGUUUCACUGAAGCUGUGAUUCGAUUGGUCAUCUCUGCUGUGGUGGGUGUGAUUACUGUUAUCAUAGUGGUUUAUGACAUCAGAUCCAGAAGAGCUGAACACAAGUGGAGAACAUCACAGUCAGUCCCUGAAUAAUAAGCCAUA